CUGUCGCCUGUCAAGUUUUUCAGCUUCUUGAAAUCGAUGCACAGGGUGGAGUUGAGCUCAUUCUUCUCCCCCCUGAGCAAAGACCUGGUCUCAGCUUUACUGUAUCAUUUCACAGCAAACACAGGAUUGUACGCAGACCACAGACUCUGGCAGGACUUUGAAGACAAAAAGCCGACGCAGCGUUAAUCCAGUGGCCAUGGCGAUAUGCAGACAAGUCCUGAGGCACCUGAUAUACGGACUGUUUGUAUGCAGUUUUGUCAUCUUGUCGUACUUUUAUGCAACAGACAUAUCACUGGUACUAAGAGCACAGACGAUGCACCAGAGGCAGGAGGCGAGAAAGCAGCUGAUUAACCAAACGUGUUCCUCCUACAACGUGACAGUUUUAGAGGAAAUGAGUCCAGGAAAGCUGAGCAACUUCAUCGUGGAUGACGCUCAUGGUCUCAUCUACUGCUACAUCCCAAAGGUCGGAUGCUCCAACUUGAAGAAAAUGAUGGUGACGCUGAAAAAUGGUCCACCGUACCGUGACCCCGGACUUACAAACGCACAGGUUCACGUCUCCCCAAAAAUCUCUUACCUGAAGAACUUCCCGAGACAUGAGAUCAAGGCAAAGCUAAAGCACUACACCAAGUUCAUGUUUGUCCGGGACCCAUUCGUCCGUCUCGUCUCCGCCUACCGAAACAAAUUUGUGGAGCAUAACGAGCCCUUCUACAGCAAGCACGGCCGACCUAUUCUGCACUUCUAUGGCAACCAUCCUUAUCCACCCAUGUCACAGACGUUGGCACUCGCGUCAGGCAUCCGCGUCUCGUUUGACAACUUCGUUCAAUACCUGCUGGACCCACGGAUGGCGAACGUGUCUCCCGAUGAACACUGGAACCAGAUGAACAAUUUGUGCCACCCCUGCCACAUGCAAUAUGAUUUUAUUGGACAUCAGGAGACGAUGGACGACGAUAUUAAAGAUCUGCUGGAGAUCUUAAUGCUGAAGGACGAGAUUCAGGUGUACCAGGCCUUUCCAAAAAUGACCACCAGCGAUUCUAUGGCGACGUGGUUCAAAGUGCUGCCUCUAAAUGCAAUCAGGGCGCUGUAUCAACACUACGAGAUAGACUACAAGCUCUUUGGCUACAGAGAGCCGAGUGAACUGUGGAACGGAACAAACAUCUCAAAAACGACUUAAAUUAUCCGUGUGAAACCAACAAAGGAUCCAAAUAAACACAGCAAAUCACACACACACAUUAAUGACCACUUUAUAUAUAUAUAUAUAUAUACA